AUGCAUAUAAUAGAUGAAAUAUGGGGUUACAUCUUUUCUCAUCUCGAGUGCCCUAUGGAGCGGAAGGGCUGGCAAAAUGAUGAUGAGUGGACUGGUGAGAGGUGGGAAAGGACAAAAUAUGGCCGAGAUGAAUUGUUUGCACUUUGUCUCGUGAGCCGUCAGUUUCGACGUAUCGCUCAACAAUCACUGCACCGGUCCAUCUCGAUUAUAGCCCACUGCGGUCUUCAGGAGUCAGGCCCAAGUCCCUAUGACUUACUCCUAAGGAUACUACACAACAAUCCCACUCUCGCAGGAAACGUCCGCGCGCUCAAGUUUUUGGGAUUGAGCGGAAACAAAAGCUACAAUUUUGAGAGAGCAUUGGGUCACUUGAAGCUAGAACCGAGUCUAGCAAGCCGCCUGAAUAGGUGUCUCACUAACUGUGUUAGUAAUGCUGCUUCUCUUCUCCUGCUUCACACGCCCCAAGUCCGGCUUAUCGACUACACUAUGACCAACCUCGACUCUAGUAUACACUGGAUGUUGAGCGGAAUUCUGGGCUCGGAGGGUGACGUCGAGGAUCUAUGGUGGAAAACGCGCAAGAUGGGAGACCGCUCUCUUCUUUAUCACGAAGAAGUAGGAUUCUCUAACAGCCCCGAUGAGCAAAAUAUCAACCAACAAGCCCUUACAGGCGCUUUAAGGAACAUUUCUGUGAACCACAGCCCCCUUCCCAACUUGAAAGAAGUGCGAUUUAGGACUGAAGACAUACGUCAAGAGUUCCUCCCAGCCUGGUUGAUCAAGCCAAUCUUUCUCAACCCAAAUCUCAAGACAUUGCGCACCUUUGGUAUUGACUGGUACAUGGGUGGGAAGCAAAUGUUCGUCUGGCCGACUUACCAGAGCAACCUGGAAUGCCUUGACCUCAAGGAGACGAUCAUAGACGCUAAUACCCUAAAAGCCAUCAUGACACGCUGUCCUAAGCUGAAAAGUCUGUCCGUCGACUUGGCGGACAUGUUUCAAAAGGCUACAUAUGAGGAUGCCAUUGACCUCGACUUAGAAAGAUUUCAUUAUGGUCGCAUGGAUAGAAGUGGUUAUAGUAGUGAAGACGACGACGACGACGACGACGACGACGAUGAUGAUGAUGAUGAUCAAGACGGUCCCGUUCCACCUGACCCAGUUUACGAUUUUGGUAUUGAUCUGGCAGAAUUUGGAGACGUUCUUAGAGAGUAUGGAGGUAAUCUCGAAGAACUUGCUGUCUCAACAUUCAAUUACGUAAGCAGCGACUUCGACAGCGGUUUCGAGGGAUACAUCGGUACACUCCGCGAGUUCACGAAACUGAGACAUCUAAAGAUUGAUUGUCAUGAUCUCCUAGGACUCAACACUGAGGACUUCUCAUACAAGCCCAAGAUGAUUAACGAGCGUCUCAGUGAUGUUCUACCAGCCUCGAUCGAAACGCUCCAUCUAUACAACGGGAGCAAAUAUGGCCCUGGCUACCAGAAGCCGAACGGACCAUGCAAUACUGAAACUUUGGUCAAGGCAUUUCUUGCUGAAGCUAAAACCUGUGCGCCUAAUCUUCGAAAAGUUGUCGUGGAGUGGUAUGAUAGUAAAUAUGAGGGGUACGAGAUAUGCAAGGAGUACUGGUCCCGAAGGACGAUAGAUUAUGGGUGGAAGGUCAAGUUUGUGAAGGAGAAAUUUGAGGUUGAGCAUCACGUUAAAGGUUACGUUAUGGCUCUUGCCGUAUUGACCAAGAAGUACAAGAGACGCAAUUAG